GCUUCCUCGAGUGUAAAGCAUCCGCUAAUGUCUUUGUUGUCCUCAUCUCACAGCGCUCUGACGCGCCGUCUACGUCGUGCGUCGCAGCUCCGCGCAUUGCACGUCGCUCCUCCUCUAGCUCAAGCGCAAGAGGAGGAAGUUGACGCUCUUCCAGUGCUCGAAACGCAGCAGAUGAACAUGUUUACCGCUAUCAACGACGCCAUGCGGGUGGCCAUGGAGACGGACCCUAGUGCCGUGCUCUUUGGCGAGGACGUGGCCUUCGGUGGCGUAUUCCGCUGCUCGGUGGACCUCCGUGAGAAGUUCGGGGACGACCGCGUCUUCAAUUCUCCUCUGUGUGAACAAGGAAUUGCCGGCUUUGCGAUUGGCUACGCCUCCACUGGGAAAACGGCAAUUGCUGAGAUCCAAUUCGCCGACUACAUCUUCCCAGCCUUUGACCAGAUUGUCAAUGAGGCCGCCAAGUUCCGCUACCGGUCAGGCAACGAAUUCGACUGCGGUAAACUCACAUUCCGAGCCCCGUACGGAGCAGUGGGUCAUGGCGGCCACUACCACUCGCAGUCACCGGAAGCUUACUUCGCACACACACCUGGACUCAAGGUAGUCGUGCCGCGCAACCCAGUGACAGCAAAAGGAUUGCUACUGGCAUCUAUUCGAGACCCGAACCCCGUGCUCUUCUUGGAGCCCAAGGCGUUGUAUCGCGCAUCAGUCGCAGAGGUGCCAGUGGGCGAGUACGUGCAGAACUUGAGUGAGGCGGAGAUCGUACGACGAGGCACAGACGUCACUGUAGUUGGGUGGGGUGCACAGAUGCGGGUACUGGAGGAGGCGUGCGGAUACGCUGAGGACGUCGGCAUCAGCUGUGAACUCAUCGACUUGCAGACGAUCUUCCCUUGGGAUGCAGACACAAUUGAGCACUCGGUCCGUAAAACCGGUCGACUAGUCAUCAGCCACGAAGCUCCGAAAUCCGGUGGGUUUGCCGCGGAGAUCUCGUCUAGUAUUCAGGAGCGGUGCUUCUUGAGCUUGGAAGCCCCCAUUCAGCGGGUGUGUGGCUACGACACGCCAUUCCCACUCUCGUAUGAAUCGCAUUACCUUCCAGACGCAUUGCGAAACUUUGAGGCAAUCAAGAAGGUAGUGGAUUACUAG